AUUCAUAACAAAGAUGCAAAAUCUUAUUUAGUGGCUGUCGUCCUCGACUAAUUUGGCUUACUUCUUAGUACUAACAUUUCCGCCUCACAUUGGGAAAGUCAAAGCCACGUCAUUGGAUAGUAUCUAACCCAGCCAAUGGCAACAAUCCCCAGCAGAUAACCCCUUCAUCCACUCAUGCACAAUACACCACACCCAUUCGUUAUCUAACCACAGAUCUCUCCUCCAAUCCAUACCACACAAAAUCAGCCUCACCCUAUUAAAAUCCAACUCUCCUCUCUGCUCCUUUCGAUCCCCUCCAACUAGCAACACAAAACAAGACCGCAAAGAAAAAGGAAAAAUCCUUAUCCAUGGCCACUGUCACCUCUGCAGCUGUUGCCAUCCCAUCAUUCACCGGACUAAAAGCAGCCGGUGCAGCCAAAGUUAACGCCACCGCUAAAGUCUCAGCCUCUGCAGUCCCAAGGCUCAGCAUCAAGGCUUCAAUCAAGGAUGUGGGCGUUGCUGUUGUGGCCACUGCCGCAAGCGCACUGCUUGCAAGCAAUGCCAUGGCCAUAGAGGUCUUGCUCGGCAGUGAUGAUGGGGGCUUGGCUUUCGUUCCCAACAGCUUCAGCAUCAGCCCCGGAGAGAAGAUAGUGUUCAAGAACAAUGCAGGUUUCCCCCACAACGUUGUAUUCGAUGAGGACGAAAUUCCCAGCGGUGUCGACGCCGGGAAGAUCUCCAUGAGCGAGGAAGACCUCCUCAAUGCCCCAGGAGAGACGUACGCUGUGACCUUGACAGAAAAGGGAAGUUACUCCUUCUACUGUUCUCCUCACCAGGGAGCAGGCAUGGUGGGAAAAGUGACGGUUAAUUAAGUUUGUUUGAAAGCUAGCUCUGCCAAGGAUAAUCAUGAUCAUGUUUCCAUCCCUUGUACUUUUUUUGUAAAGGUAGUAGAGCUUAAUAAUCAAUGUUUGUGGUGAACCUGGUUUAUCAUUCUCUUCCAUUUGAGAUUUGUA